CUCAACCAACACCAAUCACCAUUCUUCCUCCUCCGUCAUCAUCAUCCCCAAACCCCACAUAUCCCUGAAAAUCGUGAAUAAACUAGAUGAUCACCAGCAAUCUCAACAAUGGCCAGGAGAGCAAGUAAGAACUGGGCAGACGAGGAGAUCAAAGGCUUGUUGUCCAUUUGGAAAGAUAAAUCCAUUCAGGAUCAGCUGGCUGGAGCAGUGAGAAAUAAAGAUGUGUUCGUGAGGAUCUCCAACAACCUUAACGCCUUGGGGGUCAAUCGGGACUGGAAGCAAUGCCGGGCUAAAGUGAAGAACCUGAAAUACGAAUACAGGACCAUGGUGAACCAGAGGAAAUCCGGCAGGAGGUGUAAAUCCAUGCGCUUCUACAAUGAAAUUGACGCGGUGCUGGGGUGCCGAUCCCUCCAGGCUAAAGGACCACAGGAUAGACCAGUCCUCAGUGUGGUCAUCAAACAAGAGGAGAGGGAGGAGAAAUUGGAAAAUGGCCCAGCACAGGCCUCUGCAUCCUCCGAAAAUGCCACAGCACACUAUGUUCAACCAGCUGUUGCCCUCAGCAGAGAUGGGGAAGAAGAUAAAGUUCUGCCUGAACCACGGUCUGAAGCAGACAGUGUUACAGCAGAAACAGAAGGCCCUGUGGAAGAAGAGGUGGUUAGCACAGCCUCGGAGGCCCCUGCUGCAACCAGCAGAAAAAGGACUGAAUCAGAACACGGAUGCACAGUGCCAAACAAGAGGAUGAAGCUGAAGAAAGGAACCAUGUUUCAAAGACACAUUGGCACCAUUAUCAACACCUUCAUGGACUAUCAGAGGAAAGCAGAAGAGAGGUUUUACAAAUGGGAGGAAGAGAGGCGAAGGGAAGAGCGUGAGCAUGAGCUGCGGAUUAUCCAACUAUUGCUUGAUCAUUCCAGAUCCUCAAUGAUUCAGACACCUCAGACACCAGAUUACAUAAGAUCGCUGCACAGCCAGAACACCCAUGUGUUCACACCUCCUCCCUCAAACAAUUAACAUGUAGGAUUUUUAAAAAAAUAUUUAAAUUAUUUGCUAUUGAUGGUGCACUGUUGUAACAGCCUAUGUUAGUCAGGAGCAAUUAAAUUGUCAUUUCCUAGAUUUGCUUCCAUUUUGCCAGCUCUUAUUCAUCCAAGUCUAAACAGGAAGAUAAAGUGGAGUGAUGGUGAAAGUGUUAUAUGAAAGAAAAUCUCCCCAGUCAUUGCACUAUGCACCAACCAAAACAAACUAAUAGGCUCCAGAUUCUAUUGACAGCUGAUACUGUGUUAACUGAACUCAAUAUUAGUGAUGUUAGAAUUGACCUUUCCAAACUUUGUGCAAGCAUGUAUGUAUGUGUGUAGGUGAGUGCAUAUUUGGUAAAGACAAAUCUGGAUUUAGCAGUGAAGUCCCCUUCCCAUAGUCAAAAGGUUGGUUGUUGUCACUUAUUGUCUCAGCUCAAUGGGACUGGAAGCUGUUUGCACCUGUGGAAUUGCAUCCCAGCAAAUCAAGAGAGGAAAAAAUAUUGAUUGUAAAAAUAACAAACAAUGGAAAAGUAGGUUAAUAGCAUCUGAAAAAGGAAGGUUUGGGAUACAUUUUGGGAUGGGACUUUUCCUCAGAAUCUGCUCCUUUGAUGAAAAGCCUCACUUUAAAAUGUAGACCUGAGUUCUCGGAUGCAAAUUCACUUUCUACACACUUUCACCAUUUAAUUUUUAAAAGUUCAAGUUUAGCUGCUGCUUUAGUCAGUGACACUGUGGUUUUAAAAUACAUUGGAGAAUCGGGACAGUUUCUAGAACUGCAAAGGAUGAUGAGGGGCACAUGUUACAGGAUUAAUUGAUGUACUGUGCAAACUACCCAACUUUUUUUUUUGCUUAAUGAAGAUACUUUCUUACUGGGACAUGAUGUUCUUCAAAUAGAAACAACUCAACAUCUCAGCGAGUACUUAUACCUUGUGGUGUGUAACUGAGCCAUUCAGAAAAGCUGGGAAUUGGUGAUAUUCCAGUUUUCACUUCCUGGUCAAUACUGAAUACACUUGAUUCAUCUGUGGUCAUUGGGGGUCAAUUUGCCUCAGUGUUGGGGUGAAAAGGUCAUUCCAAUAAUAAGCUUAUUGCUAUCGAGUGACCUCUACUGGAAAAUAUGUAUUGGGUGAGAAGAGGAUCAGGCUUAACUUUGGUAGAACCAUAGUUGAAUCCUUGGCCCAUACAAAUUAGUCCAGUGAUUUGGGUGAAGAACAAUACUGGCACCAUAUAACCAUUCUCCAGCAAGAAUCAGACAAUGGAGGAAAACUAAAACAAGAGAAUUGUUUUCAAGAAUAUUAUUUUCUUUAAUAGUGACCAAAUUAAAUAGUUCACUGUAUAAUAAUAGCAAAAUUUAAAACUCGUCUGCAAGUACUGAUGAUGGAUAAAAAGCAUCAUGGGCAGUUAUGCUAGGUGAACCUCUCUUGUUUCUUAUUUUGGGAUUAAGCAGUUAGUUUUACAUAGAGACAUUCCCAAUGUGUUAGGAAGACCAUUAUGUUUUGAGCAAACAAUUUCUGGAGUCUUUUAAAAAAAACACGAAAGUAAAGAACAAUGCACUGAAA